AUGCACUUCCCACGCGACUUCCCUUCAGCCCCUGCCCUCCUUCCUGAGCUGCCUCAAAACUUCACUACAACCGCAUGCCAAACCCAACGAAGCGUCACCAAAUCAACACCACUUCGUUCGGCCUACUUCACCAAUCCCGAAUCUGCAACGCACACGCACUCCAAACAAUAUCCUCGCCAUACACCUCCCAUGAAUGCGCUACUCAGCUUGAUGAGCGCCUUGCUCCUGCUCACUGCCGCCAUUUCAGCAGUAGCACUUGCUCCGAAUACUACCAGCGUCUCCGGCGACACCCUUCCACGCAGCACCAUCGCCAAGACUUUCGAAGAAGAGACAUUCCCUUACUCGCUUCAGUACUGCGGCCGUUUCAAGGAUCAGGAGAUCGGUGAUGGUCAGCUCUGUCACUGCUGGAACGAUGGCUACGCUUCCAUGCGCGCUCCAAUGGUCAGCGCCAUCGAUCUAGCUUGCAACGAAAUCAACAACACCGUGAUCUGGGCUGGCAAAGCAUUAGGGGAGGAGGAAUACUGCAACGACAAGGCAGGUGAACAAGGAUACCAGUUGUCUGUUGAAAAUUGCAAGAAAGGCUUCCUUCCCGCCCUAGACGUCUGCAACGAUAUGGACGAGAAUGGCAAGGAGGGACGCUACGGCGCCGACAAGUGCAUGAUCUACUUGUCAGACCCGAACGAUCGCGACACGGGCACAUAA